CCGCUGAACCCGCGCGCCGUACGGUUGGCUCGUGUGUGUUUGCACUUGACUCCGAUUCCGUCGCGUAACGUUCUUUUUUUACUCACCACUGCAGGACCACGCGUGUGAGGUUUUUCUAUUCGCCGGCUGUCCGUUCGUUCGUACCUGCGAAGGUGACCAGACACCGAGGUGAAACGGGACGAGGCUGCGCGCGUUCCAUAGGAGACCUCCUGACACACAGGACCAAAGCCCUACGGGGCUUGCGGAUUUUUUUUGUGUACCUCUCCAGAUUGUUUUCGUGCGCGGGAGUGACGUCAAGUUCUUCUGCAUGAUUUCGUACGAACCGUCUGCGUACGGUACGAAAGGCACCGAGACCGACGAGGAUGUAACCGUGACGGCUGCCCGUUCACGAGAACUCGCAUCGAGGAUGUGCAGGAAAGAGCCAAAGUACACGGAAAGGGAAGUUUACACCUCGAGUAUCUCUUAUCGUCGCGCGCCGCCGCAGGAACAAUCGAAAAAGAUCACUGCCGGAGUAAUGACGAGCUAGAAAGCGCACAUCGAUCCGUCCGCGCGCGUCCGUCCCCGUGAAAUCGCUCCAGCGAUCGAGAAAUCUCUUUUCCACCGCCGCUUCGAGAUCAAAGACUGACUAUAUCAAAGAGGGAAAGAUGUUGGGAGUGAGUCAACCGGGGAAUCCGCCCUCGAGCUUGCGACACUCGGCGAGCUUCUCUUGUCUGCAGCGCAGUACCGCGGGCGAGGGACAUCGGGCGAGGACCUCGACGCUGUUGCAACAGCCCAGCCUGCAGUUGAGCGGCAGUCACCAUCAGUACUCUGGUCAGACGUCGUUGUUACAACCGAACACCGGCACCGUUCAGCAUCGAGUGGAGGCCCUGGAGUCCAUCCAGGACAGCAACGAUUACGGUUUCGUGAAGGUCAGGCCGCGUCUACGAAGCACGAACGCUACCCUUUACCACGAAGAAGAGGUAGCCGCCCAGAAGAGCGCGUUAUGGGAUCGCGACGCCUCGGCGUUCAGCGACUGUGAGUGCGACACGAAUUUCCGCGACUGCUCGCUCAAAGUUAAGGACCACCGCGAGCACUCGCCGAAAGGCGCCUCGAAGAACCAGAAUCCCCUGAGGGGGGCCCUGAUACUUUUCACCUCGACCUCGUCGUGGUGGAAAGCCAGGCAACGGGAGGACCAGCUGAACGCCAGCUCCAACGACCGCGCUCUGACAACGACGACCACCGUGUCGUCGUCCGAGCGAAAGUGGUCCAGCACCUCGAUGGCCUCGCCCUCGAACGAAAGAAAGUGGCCGGCGGUGACCUCGCCCGCGAACGACCGGAAGUGGUCCGUGGGCAACAGCGCGCUCACGUCCCCAGCGAACGACAGGAAGUGGACCAGAUCCUCCGUCUCGUCCAACUCCACUAGACAGCUGGACAGGACGUGGCGGUCCCUGGGCGCCCUGCUCAGGGCUCCCACGGGCAACGGUUCGCACGCCGUGCACCACUCGAUGUCCCACAACAUGAGCGUUUCCAUGAUCGAGGCCGAUCAAGUCCGGGAGGAUACGCGCGGUUCGAGUUACAAGUCGUCGCGUUACAGCAGGGACAUUUACAGGGAAAACGGGGAGUUUGGUCAGACGGGACGUUCGAAGGUGAACCGAGUCAAGACGGUCAGGAUGUACCAGGACGGGGGGGAGUCGACGGAGAGGGACGUUGAAGAGAGACAUCUUCCUACUAUACAUCAGUUCGAGGACGAGUGCAUAGGGGUGCCGAAUCGCGAGGGUGUCUGCAAAACGGAGCAGCCCGCCGCCGAAACGCGCACAGCGUCUACGAGAUCCAGCAGAGCUCAGAGCUUCUACCUGCUGGACGACUUUCUGCGACCCCAGCCGCAGCAGAACAAGUGCAUGUUGAACGUUUACCUGUCGCCGUCGCACUCAAAGUCUGGGAAUGAUCACGUCAGAUCCGCCGAGGUGAAGCAGCCCUCCCAGGGGAACGUCACAAACAUAACGCCGCCGAGACGUCAUAAUUCCAGCUCGGAUAGCCUCGAGGUCGCGACCAGUCCUCUUCCGCCACCUGUACCGCCCCCGCCGCCGCAGGUCACCACGCGGGACAGAGAACGGGGCGAGAAUUUCAAGGAAAAGGACGCGUGCCCGUGCAAAAUGUGCUGGACCAAUAUGCAGCAGAGAUCUUUCGUAGACGAGAGUCCUGGAACGCUGCACAAAGAUGUCGGUGGUGCUGGUACCAAGGUCAACGGAAAGACGGUCGGCGGUGUCGGUACCGCAACCCUCACCACGCUUUCCUCCAUUUAUACGUCCAACACCACCCGGAACAAGAACAACAUCCCCGUAUCUGAAGAGAAAUUACUGUCAUUCUUUCAUCCCAAACCGACACGAGUGGACAAAUCGGACAACAACAACACGAACAAUUCUACGACAAACAACAUCCACAAUAUUCCGACACACGAGCCUUCUAGCAACGCCACAUCUCAUGAAGUACACCCUGGGAGACUACCAAUGACACCCCAAGAGGCGAUCAAGUAUUACGGUUCGAGGCUGACGGAGUUCGAGCGAGCAGAAAUUGAAAAGUACUCGGAAAUUUGGUAUCUGGGUUUGUCUGCCCACAAAAUUCACGGUGAAGAGGGUGCGUCACAAAACGGGGGCUACGACGAUGAAAAUGGCAACUACAACAAGGUCCUUCACGAUCACAUCUCGUACAGAUACGAGAUAUUGGAGGUGAUAGGUAAAGGAAGCUUCGGUCAGGUGAUCAGAGCGUUGGAUCACAAGACGGGACAGUACAUCGCCAUCAAGAUCAUCAGGAACAAAAAGAGAUUCCAUCACCAGGCGCUCAUCGAGGUGAAGAUCUUGGAACACCUCAGGAAGAAAGACUUGGACGCCAACGCGUCUCACAAUGUGAUUCAUAUGCUAGAAUACUUCUACUUCAGGAACCACUUGUGCAUCACUUUCGAGUUAAUGAGUUUGAAUUUGUACGAGCUAAUCAAAAAGAACAACUACCAGGGAUUUAGCCUGAGCCUAAUACGACGAUUCGCUAAUUCGUUAGUCAGCUGCCUACGAUUGUUGUAUCGAGAAAACAUCAUCCAUUGCGAUUUGAAGCCCGAAAAUGUGCUUCUGAAACAGCGGGGAAGCAGCUCGAUUAAGGUCAUAGACUUCGGAUCCUCGUGCUACAGCCACCAACGUGUAUAUACAUACCUUCAGUCCAGGUUUUACCGAAGUCCAGAAGUACUUCUGGGUCUUCCAUACGGAACGCCGAUCGAUAUGUGGAGUUUGGGUUGCAUUCUGGCCGAACUCUACACGGGUUGUCCAUUGUUCCCUGGUGAGGAUGAGAUCGAACAGCUCGCUUGCAUCAUGGAAGUUCUUGGUUUGCCGCCAGAACACAUCAUGAAUCAUGCGUCUCGUCGCAGGCUUUACUUCGACCCGAAGGGAGGACCUCGAUGCGUGACAAAUAGCAAGGGCAAGAAGAGGUGGGUUGGUAGCAAGAAUCUUGCGAUGGUUCUACGCUCCACCGACACACUUUUCAUAGACUUCGUCAGCAGAUGCCUCGAGUGGGAUCCAAAGGAGCGCAUGACUCCCGACGAAGCGAGAUGUCACGAGUGGCUGAACGUAAGCCCCUCUUACGCGACGACGUUCUCGAACUUCAAAUCCAACGCGAACACGACGACCGUGGAGACAUCGUCGCAGUCUGCCCACGCUCAAACGGUGAGCGUGACGGUCAGCGCGUCGCGACAACGGGCGACUACCGUCGAGGAUCCGCCGUACACGAUGCACCGUCUCUAUAGGAGCCGUAAGUACCCCCAGAGGAUCAGCAGGGCCGACAACACCGACAACAACAGCGGCCUCGUGGUCAAGAGCAAACUGAACGGGAGCGCAAGUAGCCAUGCUCUAGCGAGCACCGCUCAAACCACCACCACAAGACACGCUUCGACGGGCGAUAUAGUCGCAAGCCUGGACCCGAAUCUCGACGAUUCAGGUACCUUUUUACCGCCGAUAUUGUGAAGUCGGGUCUGCGCUAGCCACUUCUAGAUGCUAUCGCGCCGUACCGUGUCGCGAUCGAACUCGCUCUCGCGCGUACAACCGAGACACCCGAAGGAAUAGAUCACCCGAACCCACCCCUCCGCCAUUGACGUGUCACCCCCUUGCUCAGAAGAAUCAGAAAGGAUGACUCCGUGAACUGGUCGCACGGUUGAUUUGGUCACGACAAUAAAGCAACAACACGGUCGACCGUGAGCCUAAGACCAAUUUAGCCCAGGCACUGGAAUUCAUCCGAUGAAUCCAGUCACGAUGGUUCGCCUACGUUGUCCCGUGUGCGCGCGCGCAGAGUGAACGAAGAACGCACUCUGGGAUGCAACAUCGUGGGAUGUAGAAUUGGCUGGCUGUAUCGGCCCGAUCGUUCCCGACGACGCCCAAAAGGCUAAGCAAAAAGUAAACGAAAAAGAAGGAAAAUACGGAAAGAACACAUUGCUAGUCUCGGCAUGCAUCGAGCCAUGAGGCCAAAAUGAUGACGAACAGGAAGUCGCAUGUGUCUUGGCGGAAACCGCACGCGCUCGUUUUCGCUCGUUCGUUCCCCGAUGAACGGACAACCGCGAUCCCAAGAUAUAUGUCACUCAGGUAAUCGUAACGACGUGUAUGCACCAAUCGUAGUCGAUCGAAAGUAACGUAGAAAGAGUUUCGUUCCCCUGACAUUCGACCCUUGUCCUCCGAGAAUAGCGAGAAUUACUUAGCUAAAUGCGCUUUGCGAAUCGGUAUCGAGGAGUACAGGACUGUUUGCCCGCGGAUAUAGAACGUAGAACACAGAGAUGGGCAGAAUUUUAUUCGAAUAAUAGAUGACCAGCAGAAACUUUGUACGAUGUCCGAUGGGGAUCUCCUUAACCAUAUACAAUGAACGUGUUUAGACUAACUCCAAGCGAUCUAAAAUCAAAGAUGAUAUCGACAAGUACUAGAUGAGAUCAUUUAUACUCCUAAUAUAUGGAUUCCUUUAGUCUUGUUCAAACUUCAAUCAAACAGUUCACUAAAUUCUCUACAUACGUUUGAGAAAAACAUUUAUUAUUUAAUUAUUUUCCUUAAUAAGAUCAUUUUUAAGUAACUAUCUUUCGUUAAAUACAUCACUACUUUUACUUUAAAAAUUAUUUCUUCUCGUGAAGUAAUUUUUAGAAGCAUUGGUUAAAUUACAUUCAAAAUAAUCUUACUUAACAAUUUCAUGUAACUAUAAUCUGUGAAAUAUUUCGGUAUAUUUUUAUAACCAUCAAGGAUUAAUGGAAACAUCAGAUUUCAAGAAAGUUUAUGUUUGCAUGAUUUUAUGUCUCAUUAUCAAUCUCCAUAUCGCAGGAGUUGAAGUAUAAAUUAACCACGUCAUUGUGUAAAGUUCACGAAUCGGUUGGCAAUGUCGAUUAAACAGUUGUUUAGAUAAGCCGUUAUUCGUUCAAAGUGAAACUCGUUUUUGUCGUAUAACUCUGAUUGUAACUUCCAUUGAACAAAUAACGAAUCGAAAGCUGUUUAUCUUUCAUUUUGAUAAAAGUAAUUAGUUACGUCGAGGGAAAGAAAACUAAUGGCUUUUCGAUUAAACGCGAUGACGCAUUUGGACUGUAGUCUCUCUUUAUUAACAAAGAUCCAAGUAUGUCGCCAAGUUUAUUUUUCAAUCGUUAUUCGAAAUUUUGUAUCUAGAUGAGAAUUUCGCUCAUCUCUGCACGUGGAUAGCACGUGCGAUCGUCUCCAAUUCGUCGUAAAAAUGAUGCCAAGAAUCUCUGGCGAUAAACGUUGAACGACGAGGCGUAUCCGAUUCGCAAAUCCACGAUCACGUAUAGAAAAAUGUAACGAAGGAGGUUAGCGAAAGGGUGAAUGUGUUUUUAACAACGAUUCCCGCGCGAACACAAUUUCCCAUCAGCUAGCAUCGAAUUAUUGCGGUUAAACGUCAAGGGAAAACCUGAGUCGUCUCUGAAACCCCGUGGCAAGCAACAGGGUCGUGAUUAAUAAUGAAACGUCAAGGCAACCCGGGUGGUAUAGCUCGAAAAGAAAAAAAAAAAUAAAUAUGAGGCGUGCCCCAGUUUCACGAGGCCUGAUUAGUCUUAUUGUGAUAUUAAUCUACCACUGUCUUAUGUAGAUCUCUCUGAUAUUAAGAUGUAACGAUCGCUAAUAAUGAUUUCAUUAACUAUUAAUCAUUAUUUUUCUUAAAUAUGAUUAUCGCUCUCACUAUUAUCGCAAGAUUAUAAUUACGAUUAACGAAAGUUCUAUCAUGAGUAUAAUAACGCAGAGAUAUAACGUAUUAUAAUUAUACAAGUAAGGAUUGUACAGACUUUAAUUAAGCCCAAGGAGAAUCCAAGAGUUACGAGCACGCAUUCGCUUUUUCCUUUAUCUCGAUGGAAAAGAAAGUAAUCUGUAUUCUCUUAGAAGAUCGGCUGGGACGAUUUGUCCCAGACGAAUUUCAACACACACAUACACACAUACACUUACCGCAGUUACUAUGUACUUUUUCCGGUCUCGUUGAUUUCAAGUCUCCGCGGGACACAUCGUCGUUGAUUGAUUAAUCGCUUUUACCUUUCUACUCGCUGUUUGCUGCUGUCAAAAGAAGUCACCUUUCUUCGCGCACCGGUUACAAAACAAUUAGAUUAAAUUAAGAUUGGAAGAUUCUUGGCAACCACUGCCCUUUAGUAUAUGCGAAGGAUUUGAAGAGAACGUUGUACCGUGUAAAUUGUUACGUUGCCCGUAUACAAGCAAACGAAAGUGUUUCUGGCUCAUGUUCAGAGAUCACCGAUGAAAGUUUGACUCGAGGAAGAGAUACUCGAGCUCGUAGCUAGCGUAAAAGUCGUAGCUUGCGGUAUACUCCUCGUUAGCGACCUUCCGACGUCACCUAUCGUUUUCAUUUACGUUUUGACUGAUAUCCAAACAUAGACAAGCCGCUUUCUGCUGUGCAAUAGAAAUUAGGUCCUUUGCGUGAGUCGUCUGCCAGUGUUUCGUCGCUAGGAAGACUAUUGGCACUAAGAGGAUGUCACUUUGGCGGCGCCAGUUUAGGCUUCCACAGUCUUGAAUAGUUCUUAACUAACGCUCAAUAGUAUUUAACUUAGCUUUUGUGUAGAAUUAAUUUUAUUUAACGACGAUUGUUCUUGAUGCUUCAUCUCUCUUAUUUCUAUCUAUACGAUGGAAGUUUGUGAUUCUGGCAUGAAUAUUGUUCGUAUGUCCUCGGAAACUUUAUUGUAAAUUCUAAUGAGCACUUCCUUGGUUCGUUACUUCUUUUGGUAGAAAGGUGUAGAGUGUUUAUUUAAAAUUUCUGAUUUCUCACUAUAAUAUUGCAUAUUGCAUCCAUCUUCGUCAGAUUUUUGAGAUUCUUUUUAGGUCAAAACGAAACACUUUUAGCAGCGAAGAUGCUCGUUUAGAUUAUAAGGAAUAAUUAGCGCUGCCACUGAAUGUAGCGUCAGUCGAAUUGACAUGUUCUUUUAAAAAAAAAAAAACCAGUAGCGCCAAUAAUCUUUGCCCGUGGAAUCCUGCAGAGGCAACCGCGGAAGGACAUUAUUUUUCAAAUUCGCGAAUACCAAAACUGUCAAAGCGUACUUGCGUUGUGGGGUGAGAAAAGAAAAACAAAGAAAAGACAAAAGAUUCACACGUAACAAGACUGAAAUAUAAAACGUCAUUGUAGAAUUUUCUUUGAAGUCUCCUCCGCGAGACUUAUCGAGAUACGUAAUACAUUUUUCACGUAGUAUUUGUAUACGAGCACACGAGAUCACCCCCUUUAAACGCAUUUUAUUAGCUUCACGAGAGGAAACGAUUGAUCGUUCGGGUGCAAUUUGAUCGCGAUAGCGUUGAUUUUAGUUGGAAUGUCACGACCUCGCGUCAUUAGACAGAUUCCCGCACGGUUCUUCUUCCCUUUGUACACGCUACGAGCAAGGUAAUCGCUGUGCGCGUUUGGAUCAUUGCUGUACGUCCUCGAAGAAUGUUUGUAAAGAUAAGUAACUUUUUUGUAUGUGCUUGAAAGAAAUUUGUCAAGAGCAUGCCGAGAGCUCUUCCGUCGUUACAUUGGGUUAGGUACUCGCACAUUAGACACCAGAUGACAGCUUAACGCUGAUUAAGUAGUUGCAGUGUCAAAGAUAUAUCGCAGAAAGAAAACACGAAUAAAACACAGGGUGAGGUAUCUAAAAAGCACGUGAAUAUCUCUGUUGUUUUUGAUGGAAAGCGAUGGAAAGUUAAGGUGCGAAACAGAGUCAUGUACAAGUUGUUUCUUUUGUUAGGAAGAUGUAGAAUGUUCAAUUAAAGGCUUCAGUAUUGCUGAGAAUCUUUGCUCGAUCCUUUCACUAUAAUAUUGCAUGAAAGUAAAGUUUCGUCGGACUUUUGAGAUUCCUUUUAGAUACAACUUCACCCCUCGAUUUAGAUUGCGAUGCAAACGAUGAAAGAUCUAGAGAUCGAGACGUGUAGCUUUUGCAUCGUGUAAAAUGUAUAUCGCACGGCAACGCAGUUUAUGUAGUAUUAAUAUCAAAUAUCAGAAUAUCCACGAAAAAAAAAAUCUCUAUAAACUUGUUAACGAUAUCGUAGAUGACACAGAAUUAUAGUACACCGUGUAGCCUGAAAGUGUUAAAGAAUUAAGUCCUUGUAUUUGUCACUUUCAUACUUUCAACGACAACAGAGAUAUUUAGAUAUGUUCCCCAAGUGCCUCAUCUUGCAAGAGCUACGAUAAAUUCUGAAGUGUACGAAAGACGAAUCCGCGCUAGAACGACUGACAAGGGUAGCGUUUAAGCGACAAACAACGCGUCCACUAUAUACAUUUUAUAAAUCUUACGCGGGUUCGUGAAUCGUUGGCCGAUUUGGUUUAUUGGAACACGUGACGAACGAUUAGAAAUUCACGAGCGAGAACAGGGCCCUUCAGAGAUUGAGCAGCCUCGCUUACAUUCGAGAGGCCCCCGUACUCUUGUAGAAAACCCACGUACAUUAAACAAAAUUAGUUGUAUAAUAAGUAAUAUUUUUGUACAAAGUGCGAUAUUAUUCUUUAUUCCAAUUUUCAUCUAGAUAAGAAUUUUGCCCAUCUCUGCUCCUAAAUGAGCCUCACUGUUGGGCCUUGCCAAUGAUAUUACUCUUUGUACCAAACAUAUUAUUUAUUAUUACUUGAUCAAAUAUCAUGAGUUGCUCUAUUUGUGAAAAAAUGUAUCCACGUUAUCUACCAAACUUUUUUCUGUUGCUAAAUUAACAAUGCCUCUUUCACAGAAAUCAAAAAACAAGAACCGAAUGUGUUAUCAUAAUAAUUUCCCAAUUACCAUUUCAUGUAAUUUUGGAGCCUCUGUAAGUGUGAAGUACAGUUAGACCAAUCUGUGAUAGGGCCUGGGUGAGAGAGAGAGAGAGAGAGAGAGAGAGAGAAAGAGAUCUGUCCAUGAAAGAACUUCAUUCAACUGUAGUUAGAACGAAAUGUCUAACAUUUAACAAGCGUAGUGUCUAAGGCAACACACAGGUUUAUAGCAAACAAGAAUAUCAAAUCGUGUAUGAUAACUAUCAUUAACAACGCGUGUGCGUACAUAUGCAUGAGUGUGCCUGGAGAAAGCGAACAGAGAAAGACGAAAUGGGAAAACAGAGGGAAAACCUGCCAGGGAGAAUGCGUCACAUUAUUGCAUAUACAUAUACAUAUAUACAUAUACGAUUUUACGUAUUAAGAAACCCACGCGGAAGCGACAAAAAACGAGUUAAAUAUAGGGUACCCGUUUAGAAAUAAAUAGAGAAAAAACCGUUGAAACAACGUAGCUCCAGUAUACGGAGCACCUACUCCCCUUUACCCCUCCCCCUGGUACUGUCUGAAUGCACAGUCGCGUCAAUCGAAUCGUUUGCUGAAGAAACUGACAUCCAAGAGGAAGAUGCUUCUCUCACUCGAUAUGCUAAUCUUUUAAUUCAAGCAAAGCUUAUUUUGCUCUAAAGCCAUCAUACUCUUUGUUAUUGUACUGCAGGCUACAGAUACACAAUUAUUUAGUCAGAGUCAAAAAUAUUGUAAAACCUAUACUUGAAUCGUGCCAGUACCAGUCACUGCAACAUCAUGUUAUAAGCAAAUAUGUGUAAAACCGAAUAAUCUCUGUAACUACAAGCAAAAAUGGUAGAUUUUUAUAAAAAGGUGUAGAUAUUUCUUUUUGUGGAGAUACUUGGUACGUUUUUACUAACACCAAUAUGUCAAAAUUUCAUAUAAAAUUUGGAGUCAGUGCUAUCAGGUCAUUUCAUAAGCCUUCUCAUAUCUAUCUCUUCAUGUAAGUAAAUUGUACCUGGUACAUAUAUAUAAGGCAUUCAAUGGAAAUGUUUCAGUUUCAUCUGAUGCUUAUGUAUAUUUACUUUUGUGUAAAAAGUUCUUGCAGUUAAAUAUGCAAAGACAUACAUGAAAUGACUUAAUAUUUUUAAAUUUCAAUAUUUCAAAGUUGAGACAAACUUUUCAUGCCAUUUAGGCAGUAUUGAUUUAAAAUAAUCAAUUGCAUUUAUUAUGCAGUCAUCAAUGUACUUCCUGUUAUUUUUAUACUUCUAUUUACCAUAUAACAUCUUUUUCUCCACAAAUUUACCACAAAUUUAUCUGAUGAAAUUUUCAAUUGUACAGAAGUGUGCAAUAAUCUCUGAAAGAAAGUUAUUUGCUCUUUGUUGUCAGUUUUUACGUCAACGGUUUAAUCGAGUCGACUGAACAUGCUUGGCGCAAAAAGCUUCGCGAACGUACAAAAACGUGGCGAGACCUCUGUCUUUGGUCACGUUUUUUUUCUUCGCCCCUACGAAUCAUUUGCGCCAAUUGUACAGUCCUUGAGUUUUUAGUUGUGUUCAUUAAUUGUAUACAGUGGGAUCAAAUUACGUGCGUUAGGGUCGACUAAAUCUACAUAAACUGACAAAAAUAUUGAAGUAUACUUUCUUUGAAGGAACAUUGGAACAGAAGAAGUUUGAGCUUAAAAAUUGCCACCUGUAAACGAGUAUUUAACCCUUUGCUGUCCAGAUUUUCUGAUUCCGGGACAUUUCUGUCAAAUCUUGUCUAAAAUAGGCUCGCAAAGGAUUAAAUUCGCUUGGAUUUAAUAAGAACCGUCAUCCUGACACAAGCUUGUUAGUUUCAGUGGUCAAAGUUAUCGUGGACAUGAACGACAGUCGCUUUCUUGUACGUAAGUGUAACGAAAAAGGGGACGACAGUGUCUAAAAGAUCUAAAUUUGUACGAGAGGAAAAAGGGUGAACUCCCUUUCAGGCUUCAGCGUGGAAUGCUCUUAGCGUAUAUCUGUUAGAACAGCGUGCAACUAGUUAUCGAGUUAACAACGUGAUUAGAGCUAUCGAGUUCAAUUAGAUAAUAACUGUGCAUACAUAGCGAGAUCGUUGCCAUCCCUUUUCCCCCUUCCCUCCUCCACAGAUUGAUCCGUAGUUGGCAUCGAUCUAUCCAAGUGGUUACAACGAUUGAUCGGUUUUAGACUACCCUCGAUAGAACAAUCACGAGCAACGGUUUUGUUUUAGAACGAUUCCCCUAGUUGACACGUUCGAGACCGAUGAUUCGCCAUACGGAGUCAUGCAACAUCCCACCCCGAGUGUUCAACGACUCAACACGUGGGUCAGAACAGAACUGCAAAAAUAAUAGUGGUUACUGUGGGUUUUCUAAUAAAUAUAUCGGUCUCGAAUGCGUUAAAAGUUCUUAGUGCAAGAGUAUCGAGCAGCGAGUAUCGUUCUUAUGCGAAAAUCAAAUCGGUCGACGGAGUUCUACGCUGUAGCCGCUGAAUGAGGGAUUGUACAUGAAAUUUGUAAGUUUCCGCAACGUAUUUUUUCCCGUUUUUUUUUUUUUUUUUUUUUUUUAAAUCAUCGGGGGUCUCUAUUGGAUUUCAUGUUAUUAAAUAUAGGUCUUAUCCCCGUGAAUAUAGAAGCACGUACAAAAUGUAUAAAUAUAUCUUUGGUAAUAACGCAGUUUUUUGCAUGUCGAGAUAAAAAUCAAUGGCGUAAAUUCUAAUCGUGAUUUCAUUAGGAAUCUAUUAGCGUGUUACUUUGAAGGUGUAUCCAUUAGAAAUCGAUAUACUCGAGACGUUUUAUUCGAUGUGUUGUAACAAGCUUUGCAAAAUGUUAAACGAGUACGAAUAAAGAAUAAAAAGAAAUACGGGAGGGGGAAAGGAUAUAGACGGAGAGAACUAUGGGGAAGGUGUGUGCGAAGUAGAGAGAAUGAGAAUGAGAAAGCAGAAGUUGAUACGAUGAUUUGUACUCGGCGUUGAACAGGGAAGACCUUGUUAUAUCGUGUAAGUGCGAGUUCGUCAAUUUCUGCCCAACUUAAUUAUAGUGAACGAAGAGAAGAAUUGCUAAUAAUAAAUGAUUAUGAUAAUGACAUUAAUAUAUGUAACGAUACAAUACUGAAGCAUCAUCAUCUUUUGUAUCAUUUGUUCGUUUGUUUUUAUCUUACUGCGUUUGUCUUUCAUUAUUAAUGCAAUACCAAGAUGACUCGGUUUCGACACGGUAUCUUGUGUGUAAAUAUAUACCAAUAAAAAAUACAAAUACAAGAACAA